UGUUCUCAUAGUGUUUGUAUCGAUGUGUGUGAUCGACUGGUUAGGUCUGAAGCAGCAGCAGCGCAGGGAGCACAACACAAGUGUAGCUAGCAGCCGCAUUUCAGAGGAAUCAGAAUUACCUGCCAGUCAUGGGGCUGACCAAGCAGUACCUGCGCUACGUUCCCAGUGCGGUGUUUGGAGUGAUCGGUAGCCAAAAGGCUAACAUCGCAUAUGUGACGCUCCGAGGGGGAGAGAGGGGACGCUAUGUCGCCGUGGCUGCGUGUGAGCACGUGUUCAUCUGGGAUGUCCGAAAAGGAGAGAAGGUCCUGAUCCUGAAGGGUCAGAAACACGAGGUGACCUUCCUCUGCACGUCGCCCGAUGGCAUCCAUCUGGCCGUGGGUUACGAGGACGGCGCCGUGCGAAUCUUCAGCCUUCUGAACAGCGAGAGCAACGUCUCCUUCAACGGCCACAAGACGGCUGUCACCGUCAUGCACUACGACGCGCUCGGAGCUCGGCUCGUCACUGGCUCCAGGGACACAGAUGUGAUCGUGUGGGACAUCAUCAACGAGUCCGGGCUGUACAGGCUGAGAGGACACAAAGACGUCAUCACUCAGGCCUUGUUCCUCAAAGACAAGAACCUCCUGGUCACGAGCUCCAAGGACAGUUUUGUGAAGUGGUGGGAUCUGGACACACAGCACUGCUUCAAGACCAUGGUGGGACAUCGCAGUGAGGUGUGGGGCAUGGUGCUGCUGAACCAGGAGAACAGGCUGUUAACAGGCUCAGCAGACAGCGAGCUCCGAGCCUGGGACAUCAACUACCUGCAGGAGGAGAAAGCUGUGGGGGAGCCCAAGGUGAAGAAGGGGAAAACUCUGCUGGAUGAUGACGAUGAUGAAGACAUGGAGGAAGAGGUGGAUGAAAGUCCUGAGGAGCGGAUCCUGAGUUGUGAGAAAGCCGGCUCCAUCCUGAGAGAGGCCCGGGACCGAGUCGUCUCUCUGGCUGCAGACGCCAAGGCCCGAGUCAUCGCCUGCCACGGCAAUGAUUUUAUCCUGGAGCUCUUCACUGUGCUGUCGGAGGAGGAAGUGCAGAAGAGAAUGAAAAAGAAGAUGAAGAAAGCCAAAAAGAAGGCAUCAAAAGCUCAGGAAGACGAGGGCGUGGAGGCCGCAGAGCCGGCGGUGGACAGGACGCUGAAGGACGAGAUCCUCAGACUGAUCAACAUCAAGGCGUCCGCCAAGAUCAGAUGGGUGGACUGCCUGUCGUGUGCAGGUGGCGAGCUGAAGGUGGCGCUGCUGCUGCAGAACAACACCGUCGAGACCUACAGCCUGAAGCCUUCCGACAAGCCCACAGCCAACAAGACGUCCCGCCUCACGCUCGGCGGCCACCGCACCGAUGUCCGCACGCUGGCCUUCAGCUCGGACAACCUGGCCGUCCUCUCCGCCUCGGGGGACACCGUCAAAGUUUGGAACAGGUCAACUCUGCAGGUGAUCCGCACCAUGGCGUGUGAAUACGCCCUCUGCUCCCUGUUCGUGCCUGGAGACAGACAGAUCAUUCUGGGAACUAAGAGCGGGAACCUGCAGAUCUUUGAGUUGGCCUCGGGAAGCCUCCUGGAGACUGUGGACGCCCACACAGGAGCUCUGUGGUCCUUGUGCCUGGCCCCAGACCAGAGGGGGAUCGUCACAGGAAGUGCAGACAAGACGGUGAAGUUCUGGGAGUUUGAGCUGAUAAAGGACGAAGGGACUGCACAGAAGAGGCUGACGGUGAAGCACACGCGCACGCUGCAGUUGGAGGAAGACAUUUUGUGCGUGAAGUUUUCUCCUGACCACCGACUGCUGGCCGUCUCUCUGUUAGACAACACGGUCAAAGUCUUCUACACAGACACACUGAAGUUCUUCUUGUCUCUGUACGGACACAAGCUGCCGGUGCUUUGUCUGGACAUCUCACAUGACAACACACUUAUCGCCACCGGCUCCGCUGACAGAAACGUGAAGAUCUGGGGUUUGGACUUCGGCGACUGUCACCGCUCCAUGUUCGCUCAUGAUGACAGCGUCAUGUUCCUCCAGUUCGUCCCCAAGACCCAUCUGUUCUUCACGUCAGGGAAGGACAAGAAGAUCAAGCAGUGGGACGCCGACAAGUUUGAGCUCAUCCAGACGCUCGAGGGCCAUCAUCGGGAGGUGUGGUGUCUGACCAUCAGCCCAAACGGCGACCACAUCGUGUCGUCCUCCCACGACAAGUCCCUGCGUCUGUGGGAGAGGACCAGGGAGCCCAUCAUCCUGGAGGAGGAGCGAGAGACGGUGCGAGAAGCAGAGUUUGAGGAGGACAUGGCCAAAGGAGAUGCUCCUGUGGUACCUGGAGAGACUGAAGGAGAAGCAGCACCAGCCGCCAAGAAGACCGUUGAGACGGUCAAAGCUGCAGAGCGAAUCAUGGAGGCUCUGGAAAUAUACAAAGAGGAAAACCGGAAGAUGGAAGAGUACACGUACGCCUGUCAGAGAGCAGGCAACGAGAUUCCUCCACCGAGACCCAACCCCAUCCUCGUGGCCUUUGGAAACGUUUCCCCGACCCGCUACGUGUUAGACGUCAUAAGGAAGGUCAGAUCGAGUGAGCUGGAGGUUUCUCUGCUGGUGCUGCCGUUCCCGUACAUCCCCGAGCUGCUGAAGCUGUUCAGCAGCUACAUCCAGCAGGGCCUGGAGGUGGAGCUGGUCUGCCGCUGCCUGUUCUUCCUUCUCAAGAUCCAUUUUGGUCAGAUCUCCAGUAACCAGAUGCUGUUGUCCGUCAUAGAUGAACUGCGAACUAAUACGGUCUCGAAAGUGCGCGAAAUCCGAGACGUGAUGGGCUUUAACAGCGCGGCGCUCCAGUUCCUCCAGCGGGAGAUCGAGAGCAAAGAGGACGUGAUGUUCUUUGCCGACGCCACGGGCCAACUGGCGGAGAAGAAGAGGAGGAGGAAGAAGAGGGAGCGAGCCGUCCUGACCAUCGCUUGAAUCAUAACGGACAUUUGUGUGUGCAAACGAUUCGUUGCAGCUGCGCCGCAGGCUUGAACCAGAGGCUUUACACUGUUGUUUCUUGUAUGGCAUGAAAUCCUGAUAAGAUGUAAAGAGUUAUCCAGUGGCACGCUUCAUUUCCCAAAUAAACCGUCGGACCUUUUCUCACA